AUGAAAAAGAGACAUGGCAGCUCCUUCCUGCCUUCUGCUGACUCUGAGUCAUCUUCUGAGGCUCAGAUCUACCGGCCGGUCCUGCAGCCCUCUGAGAACCCUCCAUCCACAGGAACCUACUUACUGAAUAACCGUGUUGGUAAACCAUGCAUCAAAGCCACAAUGGGAGCAGAGUACAUCAUCACAGACAAGAAGAAAACCUGGUAUUUCAACCUGGACCCCUCCAGUGUUAACAUCAGUGGUAACUGUGGCAAAGAAGCUGCUGUUCUGUCUCUCUCACUGCCAGACAAGGCUGCCAGUCUGCAGUUCACCUUCAGAAAGGUACCACUCUUUCACCAACAUGACACAUACAUGUAUUUCUGUGUCAGGUUUGAACCUUCUCUCUGGAUCUGUGUUGGUUUCUGUGUGAAGGCUCUGGAAAACAACUUUUUCUAUGUCACCAAUCUGACCGCUCACUUGUCUCCUCAGCCGGUCUGCCAGGGAUGUGCCGUGUCCACCAUCUUCUUCCAAACAGAUCAGACUUACUCAGGUUCGAUGACUCAUAAGAAGCUGUUCACGGCCGCUGACAGUCAAAGCUUCAAGUGUAUUUCUGGGAAUCUGCUUUUGAUGUCGACCGAACUGAAGAUCAAACUGGUUCCUCUGCAGAUGCAGGCGUUCAGUGUUCCCAAAGGAGGCUAUGGACCAGAGGUGGAGUGUUGGGCUGAUUUUAACAAGAGACUUAUUCCCACCAUCUUGGGAGCCACAGUGGUGGGUUUAUUACUGAUAGCUGGACUGACCUCCCUGUUCAUCAGAGAUCGACGCAGGCAUGGAUAUGAACGACUCUGAGCUCACUGUGAAACUGGAUGGAGAUUUACUACCUCUAAAAUAAUAUUCACUGUUACAAAUAUCUCAGUCAUUUUCUCCUCAGCCUGUAUUUGACUUUGUAUUUAACAACUGAUAAUAAAAAAUAGAAGUCUAAUGUCUGAUAUUCAAAUUUAAUGUUAAAUGCAAAACGUAUUGUUUUAUUUACUUAUUGGAUUAUUCUUUCAAUAACUUCCAAUCUUGUCUGUGUCACUAGUGACUUUUGAUAGCUGCUGUUUGUUAUAAUAUCCUGAUUUGCUAUAUAUUUAACAGUUCAAGCACAAAGACAUUUCAAGUUUGGUUUAGUUUUGAUUUCAGUUACAGACGAACAGCCACAUGGUCACAAUAUAAAAAUAUUGGGUUCAGUUAUAGUAUGUUGCUUGUGGAGUUAAUUAUCCCACCCUCUCUUAAUUAAUAUGCUUGGUUUUAUUCAACAAAACUAAAAACUACUAACAAUAUUGUUUUUAUUGAUGAAAAAAAACAAAGAAAAUACUUAAAAUAAAUGCUAUUAAUGAUGUGUUCCUCCAUUCCAAAAAGAAAAGUAACUGUUGUUUAUUGCUUUUCUAUAAUUGUUGGAAUAUGGUGACAUUUCAGACAUACAUGCAUCAGCUGUGACACGGUGCAGGAUAACACUGCAGCUGCAACUACUAACUUUACUACUGUACCACUGCAAUGUGCAAAAACCUUUAGAACAAUCAAGACUGACUUAUUUUUGUCCUCAGGGCAGUGCAGGUUUCUAAUUUCAUCUCAGAUGGUUUUGUUAUUUCACAAACUUUGCCUUUUAAUAUUUUUUUUGUUAUUAUUAUCCAAGUUCCUUAUUUGUGUGCCGACAUCUUAUAUUGUCUUACUCUGUUACAAUGUAAAUAAGGCCUUAGUUCCUCAAUGU